AUGGUUGACGCAUCAGACAGUCGAUCGUUGAUCGCUCGCUCUGGCAGGGUUUACCAGCUUGUGACCUGCGCCGCUCUGCACGCUUGGAGGCAGAACUUGCGAGACUGCAUGACACCAGCGACCAUCAGCCAGCCACGCUUGAGGUUCCUGCGGCUAGACCAGCUUAAAGCUUUCAGCCGACAACACCUGGCUGCUGUCAAUGAGGCUGGAAAGUUUAUCUCACUCCAUCCAGAUGGUCAGAUCAGGCUCGGACAGAACCAGUUGUCGUGCCUGUGA